CCACACUCUCUUUGCCAAACCUACAAAGAACCACUACCGUUGUUCCUUUCCUUCGUACAAAGACGCCUGCUCGCUUUGCUUUGCCUGCACGCGCGGUCUUCGGGGCCUAAGAACGUUUUCAAUUUGGAACAACGCAGAAGCGCGACGAUCGCGGUCAGCCCGCUUUCACCGGACAGCGCACGCACCACUCUGUAAAUGAACAUCGAGCACGAGCUCUCAACGCAUUCGAACACAACACGCUGCUCAGCCGUAUCAGCUCCCCCACAGCACGCCCACAAAAUGUCUCAGUGCAUCCCACACUCCAGGGUCCACCCCCACGAGGACUGUGUGGGCUCGGACGAAAACACCGCGGACCCCAACGCCCCACCGACCCCCGCCGCCGACACCCUCGACCUCGCCGCGAACCUCUUCGGCGACGCGUCGGCGAUGUGGGGGCCGCUGGGGUCGCAGCCGGCCGGCGACGCCGAGACGCGCACCGCGGCCGGCCCGGGCCUGGGCGAGUCGCUUGCCGUCGGGCUGUACCUGCCGCCUGUGGCCGGCGAGCACCACGAGGAGCACGGGCAGCCGCACGAGCAGCAGCAGCAGCAGCAGCCCCCGCAUGUGCGGAGCCCCAGCGCGGGGGCCGACGCGGCAACCCCCACUGUGCCCACCUCCAACGCACUGCCGUCGCCUGCGGCACCGUCGCCCUCUGAGCUCGACGCGCCGCUGGCGUCGAGCGCCCCCGCUCGCCUCGCGGCCCCCACGACGCCCUCGCCGACCCUUGCGCAUCCGAGGCCCGUCUCGGCCAGUCCCCCGGUGGACCCUUCGCUCGCCCCCGCCUCCACCAUCCCACUCCUCCCACUGCCCCCGUCCACGCCCUCGCGCUCGCGCCUGCGCUCGAAAAAGAGCUCCCGCUCUGGCUCGUCGGCCUCGGGCGUCAAGCGCCCGCUGAACAGCUUCAUGCUCUACCGGCGCGAUCGCCAGAACGAAAUCCCCACCAACAAUCAUCAGAGCAUUUCUCGCAUUAUUGGCCAGCUCUGGCGCAAUGAGAGCGUCCAGGUGAAAAAGUACUAUGCUGACCUUGCUGUCCUCGAACGACAGCGACACAUGAUGACUCAUCCCGAGUACAAGUUCAGUCCUCGCAAAAACCAACACACGUCGUCGCGUCCCCGCAAGCGCCGUAAUUCUUCUAAUGCCGGCGGAAUCCCACCACAAGAUCUAGAUUUGCUUAAACACAUGACUACGAAAAAACCUCCUUCUGCCGCUGAUGUUGCGAGUCUCAUGGCUUGCAUGGCCGAUACCUCUGCUGCCGUGGCCUCCCUGGAAGCUGCGCGACACCACGGCAGCAGCAGCGGCAGCGUCUCUUCCUCCUCCUGCCCUCUUACAAACUUUGAUUCCCUGCAUCGUCUCUCGACCGCCUCCUUGGGCGACCGAUUUGAUCCCAUGGGCGCUGUUGCUUCGUUCAGCACCAGCGUCCCAACGACACCCCAGACGCCCUUGCAAGGCGUGCCUGUGCCUGAGAUGCGGCGCACGUUUUCCGUCUCAGAACCACUGGGCCCUCCCCGACAACCACCGCCUCGCCGCAGCUGCUCCUUCAGUGCUGGCUUUGCUAUGGAGCCCUACGGCUUCUUGGCCAGCGCAGGCAUUGGUGGUAGUGGUGCAAAUGGCGCUGGUGCGACUGCUGCCGCUGCCGCUGCCACUGGAAUGAACGCGGCUUCAAACACAGCUGGUGCGGCUCCUUACUUGCCCUCAGAGUGCAGCUCGUCGUAUUCCACGUCGGGUCCCUCGGCCCUGACGGACAUGGCCACCUCGCUGUUCAACACGCCUCGAAACUCCAUGUCGUCGCAGCCGCCCUCGUCCAUCUUGUCAGAGAUGGACGAACCGUCUUCCCUGCUUUCCGUUGGAUGUGAUUACCCCGGAAGCUGCGGCAAGGUUGACAUUCGUGCCUGCAGCAAUGAGCUCUUCCCCGAGUCCUUUCUCGAUGUCCCUUGCAAGCUGGGCGACGACCUCGACGACUUCUUCCUAGCGAAUGCUGCCGUCUUCGAUCUUUCCGACAACAACACUUCUCUUGACCCUCCUUUGUGGACGUGAUGUUCCUCAUAAACGGGUGAUUUAUUAAUUAUGAUGCCUGUGUGCAGUAAUUGCACUCUGCUUUCCAGUACAGAGCCUUGCUUGUUUGAUCGUGCUUCGUUGGGACGAUGAGACACUGCUGGUUCUUUUUCUUCAGCUCCUUUUGAGUGAAACAGAUGUUGUUUGUGUUCCCGAGAAUCGCUUGGGGUUUCUUUCCUUUUAUUCCUCUGUCCUUGUUUUUCGGUCUUUUUAAUUCUUUUCUUUCUUAUUUUCUCUUUUUUUCUUCUUUGAAUUCUAUUUUUUCUAAAGAAUUGGUAUGGCAUUUCUGGCGCAUAUCACACUAUUCCCACUUUCUCUGCCAUUCCUCAUGUACGCUGCUUGUAAGCGUCUUUUCCUUUCUUUCUUGUGAGUGCGCUUCGAAAUUGCCUUCAUUUUCUCCCAUCUCUUGAACAGAGCAAGAAUGUGACACUUGUUUUUCAGUACACAUUAUCACUUCCUUUUUCCUUGUGCCUUUUUUUUGCUUUUUUUUAUGAUUUUUGUUGUGUUUCUGAUGUGAUUUGUUUUAAUGUUUCUAUGUUACCCCUUUUUUAAUUUCUGUGUCAAAGUUGCCUUAAGAGAUUCGUACUUGGUUCAUUCUUUUCAACUUUCCUUGCCACUUGUUACUUUCGAGCUCUGCUCUUGUAUUACUAUGUGAUGCUUAUUUUCCAGGAACAGUUAUGUACUUGCCUAGCUUGGUCAGUCGUCUUGAAUGACGAAAAGGAUACUGCUAGAAAACGAAUUACAUGCUAUUCUCCUGUUUUCAAUUCUUAACGUCUGCCAACAAGAGUUAUUUUGUCGAGAGCAUUGAGUGGAGAACGCAAGUUUUCAUUAAUUUCUUCUUGUUCUCUCCUCUCCCGUCCAUCUUCUUUCUCGCUUUCUCUCAUUUACUUUUUCCGUCUCUCAAUUACCAUGCCUUGAUGGUAGACUUUGCUUAUAGUACCAUUUAUGCUCAUGGAGCUAUUGCAGUAAUGUUUCUAAUCUAAUUGAGGCAGCAUUUUCUGUCUUUCAUGUUUAUGUCAUUA